CAUACCGGCAUACUCAGCUCCAGAAACGAACCGACCAAUCAACGCGCUGCUCACACACAAGUCACCUCUUCAACUUCCUAGCGGGAAGUGUCCACAAGGCAGCAGGGAAUCAAAAGAUAUACAGUCAAAAGUCAUACUAAUCACAUGAAGAUGAGGCUCUCCCGAGCUGAAUAUAAAGAGAUCGUGAGAUGCACUGAUCAACUGAGACCCACCCGCCAAUGUAUGAAGACGCUGAAGGAAAGAUUUCCAAAUCACUCGCAGUCCACUCUUCUGAGCAUCUUCUCCCUGGAGUACCAGAAACGAACCAAAAGAACAUUCUCAAGACACCAUGCGCCAGAUGUUAUCGAAAGCCACUACCAAAGGUAUCUGAGUGAAGCCAAGGCACAUCCCACUGCUCCCGUCCUGCUGGAGUUGGCCAAUGAGGUGGAUCUGUCUCCUGCACUGAUGGCUCGUAUCAUCCUGGACAGGUUCCUUCAGGGCCUGGAGGGUGGAAUGCCCUCUAAACCAGUCCUGAACAGCAUGCUCAAAGAGCCGUCGUUAAUUCCGGACCAAAUUUUGGCCACUAACAUCUACCAGUGCACAAUAAAUGACUGCUGUUAUGGACCGCUGGUAGACUGCAUCAAACACGCUAUCGGCCACGAGCACGAGGUGCUGCUCUGUGACAAACUGAAGGAGAGGAAUCUUUCCUUUCUAGAUGAAAACCAACUGAGAGUUAUGGGCUACGACAAAACACCUGAUAUCAUCCUGGAGGUUCCCAUUGCCGUGGAGGGACACAUUGUACACUGGAUUGAGAGCAAAGCUUCAUUCGGAGACGACCACAGUCAUCGCACCUAUCUCAACGAACAGUUCUGGAGCUACUGGAACAGGUUCGGUCCGGGCCUUGUGAUCUACUGGUAUGGUUUCAUAGGAGAGCUGGACUGCCAGAGAGACAGAGGUAUCCUGCUCAAAGACUGCUUCCCUACAGACAUUGUCACCCUGUGCCAUGCCGCCCAGCAGGACCGACUGCCACAAGAGCCAGAAUAAACACAAAGAGUGAAAAAAGAAAAAGUCAAGAUGGAAGGAAAGAGAGAGGAAGACAAAGAGGCAGGAACAGGGGGUGUGUACCUAGAUCCGGAAGCAAUUUGGCUUUCCUGCAGUGUGAGACGACUGGCAAAAGAAAAUCUGCCCUGAACUCCACCUGACCCUCUGUCUCUGUCUGUCUCUCCCUUCCUCUCUUUCACUGCCCCAAAGCUACCACAUGUAAACACACACCAUCUUUCUGUAUAUCUGACAGCACAGGGUCAGAUUCAUACCUGUGUGCGAAAACACCGUCUUGGAGGCUCUCCUGGCCCCUGGAUGGCCUCUAGCAAACGGACAGCCAGGGAUAGAGCCAGGGCCAAAGCAGGACAUAAGGCCCUUCCUUAUCACACCCAAAGCCCUGGCCUUUGUCACUCCUUCCUCCUCCACUCCAUCGGCAGAUAAGAGAGGUGCGGUCCGGGGGCUGGGUGGACGCCUGUCUCUCACCUGCGUCACUCAGUGCCCUCUCAGUCACUCUCCAGGGGGGUAAACAGGAUCAUUUCUGAUUAAAGAUGGCCUCACUGUGACCUUUUUUCACUGCACUUUAUAAAAUCUAGUGAGGA